AUGCCAUCUCCCAGAGAGGAAAAAUGUGAUGAGCCUCUGGUCUCUGGACUGUCCCAUGUAGCUUUCAGCAGCUCUUCCUCCAUGUCAGGCAGCUAUUCUCCCGGCUACGCCAAGAUAAACAAGCGAGGAGGUGCUGGGGGAUGGUCUCCAUCAGACAGUGACCAUUAUCAAUGGCUUCAGGUUGACUUUGGCAACCGGAAGCAAAUCAGUGCCAUUGCAACUCAAGGAAGAUACAGCAGCUCAGAUUGGGUGACCCAAUACCGGAUGCUCUACAGUGACACAGGGAGAAAUUGGAAACCCUAUCAUCAAGAUGGGAAUAUCUGGGCAUUUCCUGGAAAUAUCAACUCUGAUAGUGUGGUCCGGCAUGACUUACAGCAUCCGAUUAUUGCCCGCUAUGUGCGCAUAGUGCCUCUAGAUUGGAACGGAGAGGGCCGUAUUGGGCUCAGAAUUGAAGUCUAUGGCUGUUCUUACUGGGCUGAUGUUAUCAACUUUGAUGGCCACGUUGUGUUACCAUAUAGAUUCAGAAACAAGAAGAUGAAAACACUGAAGGAUGUCAUUGCCCUGAAAUUUAAAACCUCUGAAAGUGAAGGGGUAAUUCUACAUGGAGAAGGACAGCAAGGGGAUUACAUUACUCUGGAACUGAAAAAAGCCAAGCUGGUCCUCAGUUUAAACUUAGAAGUCCAGAGGUCUACGCUCCAGCCCACAGCACAAAUCCACCCUUCACCUCUCAUGAUCAUCCUGUCCUGUCAGGCUGUCAGUCUAGCAAUCCUGUGGUGGAUGUUCCUGGUUAUACCCCCUGGCUGGACAGCCAAUUGCUACACAGCAUCAGGUCUUGCCCUCCAAGAAGAUUCCUACCGAUGCAUCCGAUCACUGAACCCACGCUGCGGUGCUGUGUGUGAGGGAAACCUGAGUUUCUCCUGUGUGGAGCCCUAUACGGUGCCUGUCUUUUUCAAUGCUACAAGUUACCUGGAGGUGCCCGGACGGCUUAACCAGGACCUGUUCUCAGUCAGUUUCCAGUUCAGGACAUGGAACCCCAAUGGCCUCCUGGUCUUCAGUCACUUUGCAGAUAAUUUGGGCAACGUAGAGAUUGACCUGACCGAAAGCAAAGUGGGUGUUCACAUCAACAUCACACAGACCAAGAUGAGCCAGAUAGAUAUUUCCUCAGGUUCUGGGUUGAAUGAUGGACAGUGGCAUGAGGUCCGUUUCCUAGCCAAGGAAAAUUUUGCUAUCCUCACCAUUGAUGGAGAUGAAGCAUCAGCAGUUCGAACUAAUAGUCCUCUUCAAGUUAAAACUGGAGAGAAGUACUUUUUUGGAGGUUUUCUGAACCAGAUGAAUAACUCAAGCCACUCUGUUCUUCAGCCUUCAUUCCAAGGAUGCAUGCAACUCAUUCAAGUUGAUGAUCAACUUGUAAAUUUGUACGAAGUGGCACAAAGGAAGCCAGGAAGUUUCGCCAAUGUCAGCAUUGACAUGUGCGCCAUCAUAGACAGAUGUGUACCCAAUCACUGCGAGCACGGUGGGAAGUGCUCGCAAACAUGGGACAGCUUCAAAUGCACUUGCGAUGAGACAGGAUACAGUGGGGCCACCUGCCACAACUCCAUCUACGAGCCUUCCUGUGAAGCGUACAAACACCUGGGCCAGACGUCCAAUUACUACUGGAUAGAUCCUGAUGGCAGCGGACCUCUGGGGCCUCUGAAAGUUUACUGCAACAUGACAGAGGACAAAGUGUGGACCAUAGUGUCUCAUGACUUGCAGAUGCAGACGACUGUGGUCGGCUACAACCCAGAAAAAUACUCGGUGACACAGCUCGUGUACAGCGCCUCCAUGGACCAGAUGAGCGCCAUCACCAACAGCGCCGAGUACUGUGAGCAGUACGUCUCCUAUUUCUGCAAGAUGUCAAGGUUGUUGAACACCCCAGACGGGAGCCCGUACACCUGGUGGGUUGGCAAAGCCAACGAAAAGCAUUACUACUGGGGGGGCUCCGGGCCCGGGAUUCAGAAAUGCGCCUGCGGCAUCGAGCGCAACUGCACAGACCCCAAGUACUACUGCAACUGCGACGCGGACUACAAGCAGUGGAGGAAGGACGCUGGCUUCCUGUCCUACAAAGAUCACCUGCCGGUGAGCCAAGUGGUGGUUGGAGACACUGACCGGCAAGGCUCGGAGGCCAAACUGAGCGUGGGUCCCCUGCGCUGCCAAGGAGACAGGAAUUACUGGAAUGCCGCCUCUUUCCCAAAUGCAUCCUCCUACCUGCACUUCUCUACUUUCCAAGGGGAGACCAGCGCUGACAUUUCUUUCUACUUCAAAACACUAACUCCCCGGGGAGUGUUUCUUGAAAAUAUGGGGAACACAGAUUUCAUCAAGCUGGAGCUGAAAUCUGCCACAGAAGUAUCCUUUUCAUUUGAUGUCGGAAACGGGCCAGUGGAGAUUGUAGUGAGGUCACCCUCCCCUCUCAACGAUGACCAGUGGCACCGGGUUACUGCAGAGAGGAAUGUCAAGCAGGCCAGUCUACAGGUGGAUCGGCUGCCCCAACAGAUCCGCAAGGCCCCUACCGAAGGUCACACCCGCCUGGAACUCUACAGCCAGCUGUUUGUCGGUGGCGCUGGGGGCCAACAGGGCUUCCUGGGAUGCAUCCGUUCCCUGCGGAUGAAUGGAGUGACACUCGACCUGGAGGAAAGAGCAAAGGUCACAUCCGGGUUCAUAUCCGGAUGUUCGGGUCACUGCACCAGCUACGGAACGAACUGUGAAAAUGGAGGCAAAUGCAUAGAGAAGUACCACGGUUAUUCCUGCGAUUGCUCUAAUACGGCAUACGAUGGAACAUUUUGCAACAAAGAUGUGGGUGCAUUUUUUGAAGAGGGGAUGUGGCUACGGUAUAACUUCCAGGCACCAGCAGUCAGCGCCAAGGAUGCGGGUGGCAGGACGGAGAGCUCCCCCGAGCAGCAGAGCCUCCCCGAGGACCUGGCGCGGGAGGAGAUUGGCUUCAGCUUCAGCACCACCAAGGCACCCUGCAUCCUGCUCUACGUCAGCUCGCUCACCACGGACUUCCUGGCAGUUCUCGUCAAACCCACCGGAAACUUACAGAUUCGGUACAACCUGGGUGGCACCCGCGAGCCAUACAACAUUGAUGUGGAUCACAGGAACAUGGCCAACGGACAGCCCCACAGUGUCAACAUCACCCGUCACGAGAAGACCAUAAUUCUCAAGCUCGAUCAUUACCCUUCCGUGAGUUACCACCUGCCCAGUUCAUCUGACACCCUCUUCAACUCUCCCAAGUCGCUCUUUCUAGGAAAAGUCAUAGAAACAGGGAAGAUCGACCAAGAGAUUCACAAAUACAACACCCCGGGAUUCACGGGUUGCCUCUCGCGAGUCCAGUUCAACCAGAUCGCCCCUCUCAAGGCUGCCUUGAGGCGGACCAACGCCUCGGCCCACGUCCACACGCAGGGCGAGCUGGUGGAGUCCAACUGCGGGGCCUCGCCGCUGACGCUGUCCCCCAUGUCGUCGGCCACCGACCCCUGGCACUUGGAUCACCUGGAUUCAGCCAGUGCAGAUUUUCCAUAUAACCCAGGACAAGGCCAAGCUAUAAGAAAUGGAGUCAACAGGAACUCGGCUAUCAUUGGAGGGGUCAUUGCCGUGGUGAUCUUCACCAUCCUCUGCACCUUGGUCUUCCUCAUUCGGUACAUGUUUCGUCACAAGGGCACCUACCACACCAACGAAGCAAAGGGAGCGGAGUCGGCCGAGAGCGCGGAUGCUGCCAUUAUGAACAACGACCCCAAUUUCACAGAGACCAUUGACGAAAGCAAAAAGGAAUGGCUCAUCUGAGGGGUGGCUGUUUAGCUAUGGGAUGGGAGGAGGGAGUUCCUAGGGAGGAGGGAAAGGACAAAAGCACCCUGCUUCAUACUCUGAGCACAUCCUAAAAUAUCAGCACAAGUUGGGGGAGGCAAGCAAAGGAAUCUUCUUGAGACUGAGCAC